AUGAAGCUCGCCAGUCUUAUUAUUGUCUGCCUCCCCGCCGUGUCGGCCAAUUAUCCCUGGUGGACAAACAGCGGUUGGUCCAAGCCCGCCGAUCACGUCAGCGGUGACUGUGCUGCAGAUGCCCAAUACUUCUGUGGCACCAUAUCUGGCACGAGGGGCGAGAACCCGGAACCAAAUGCGUUCCCUAUCAGGCGCUAUACUUGCUCCAAUGCAGACACUCUAGGACGAGGAUGCAACUGGCAGGGUGCCGUUGGAGUUAUCCUCUGCUGUUAA